AUGCUUGUGCAGAAUUUGGAAGUGGCCCUCAUUGCAUACAUAAAUACAGUUAAUGGUGCUCAAUGUCGUGGAAAACCCGUACACUUAACAAGAGGCAGCACGGAUGAAUAUUGUAGCAAAGUUCAAGAAAGACUUGACCGGUUAAUCAUUUUCUUGAGAGGUUCUCAGAAAACGAAGAAAGAACUAAAGGAAGCCUACCCGGAAGACAAUGACUAUUUCUCGCAAAUCUGGCAAGUUCAAAAAGACCAUAUGGUUGAAAAGUUACCAACAAACUACGUUUUCUUGCUAUUACCUUGUUAUAAACCUAACUGUUUACACCCAGUAUGUACUAAAGGCUUACUCAGAGAACCAGAAACAUGGUUUAAAAAUGGGCCUCCUUUGUUCUUCAUACCUCUUCCGAUUCCCGAUCCAGCAAGGUCGUCUGGAGGUCCAUGCAAGAGUUGCAAAGACGACUGCAAUGGACAUUAUUUACCACCAGAACGUCAAUAUGAAUUCGUCAAGAAACAUGGUUCUGAAUAUUGUACCCAACCUCCUAGCAAAGUACUUAAGGAAUUUGCAAAAACCAUGAAACAUGUUCUGAAGAAGAGAUAG